CAUGUACAUCACAACCCGCAUUGAAAAUGUUCUACCACUGGAACAACACUACUAGAAAUUUUUCGUAACAGAAGUGCCAGAUUAUGCUUUUGUGUGUCUUGUUUUCGUGUGUGAAUUAAGAGUUUCGCUUUGGCAUACAUCGGUAUAAUUUUAUGUGAGCAUGCAAUAGUUCCAUGCGCCGUCGUUGAAUGACUAUUUGAUAGCCUGUGGCCAAGGGUGAAUUUCUGAACAUUUUGCAUGUAAACAGUCGCCAAGUUUGGAUUUUGUGUUGAUAAAUCGGUUCUGUUAAAUUUACGUGUGUGCACAAUGUGCAUUUGAUUAAAUGUUCAAAUUUCACAUUAGAUAGUGAAUUGGAAAAGAAUAUGGUCAGGAUGGAUAUCAGAUCUGACCUUUUCCUGAGACUGCGCCGGCUGGAGGGGUUGAUUGAAAAUCCAACCUUCAUUCCCAACCAUAUUGGACCCAGUGGUCUGUUGAUGCUCACAUCUACUGGUUCAAACACGGUACAUUCUCAGGAGCAAGGUAACCAACAGCAGCGUCUCUCCUACGCGACGUCGAUCCCCGACAAGGACCUGCGCCAGGUCUCCGCCUACGCCAUGAACCCUUCCCUCUACCGACAAGUGGACAGCUUCGCCAACCGCGCCGCACGUGCUCCAGAUGGCCGCAGUUCCACGCCGCCCGCCGCGCUGCCGUCAUCAACCCGGGCGGCGGCGGCGCGUUCCGGCCCGUGCUGACCGUCGGCGAGCAGCCGGACGCCUACCACUCGUCGCGCAUUCGCAGCAGCCGCGAAACGCGCCAAGAACGCGCGGCGGCGGC